AUGGCGAUCAGCACAAUAAUAAUGGAAUCCACUGUGGUUUAUGGUGAAGAUCUGAAAGUAGGGUUUUACAGUGAAACAUGUCCUUUAGCAGAGCACAUAGUGAGAGCCACAGUGGCGAAGGCUGUUGCUGGAAACCCUGGCAUGGCUGCUGGCCUUAUUCGUAUGCAGUUCCAUGAUUGUAUUGUUCUAGGUUGCGACGGUUCUAUACUUCUAGACUCGACACCAGAGAAUCCUGAAUCCGAGAAAGACAGUCCUAGCAACCCUUUAUUGCGUGGCUUCGAAAUCAUCGAUGAUGCCAAAGCUCAGAUCGAAGCUCGAUGUCCCCAAACAGUUUCCUGCGCCGAUAUCUUAGCCUUCGCAGCUCGCGACAGCGUAGCCACUGUUGGCCAAUUCACCUACGCUGUGCCAGGCGGCCGCCGCGACUCACUUGUCUCCCAUGGCCCAAACGUUUCCGACAACGUCCCUUUCCCGACAUCCGACAUCGAAUUUCUCAAACAACACUUCCAAGAACGAGGGUUGUCCCUAAGAGACAUGGUGGCUCUCUCCGGCGCCCACUCCAUCGGCGUUGCCCCUUGCGCGGCCUUCUCCGGCCGCCUCUUCUUCUUCAACGGCACAGAGAACAGCACUGACCCAUCAAUGGAUCCAAAAUUUGCGGAGUUUUUGAAAACCAAGUGCCCGGAGGAAGAUGGUGGGUUGAGCAGAACGGCGGAUCUGGACAACGUGACGCCGAAUCAGCUCGACGUUCAGUUUUUCGAGAAUUUGAAGAACAAGAUGGGGGUUUUGUCGUCGGAUCAGGCGCUGGCGAGUGACCCUCUGACGGCGGCGACGGUGAGGAGAUACCGGAGAAAUAGGGCGGUGUGGAUGAGAGAUUUCUCGGCGGCGAUGGUGAAGAUGGGGAAGCUGCAGGUUUUGACUGGAACUCAAGGGGAGAUAAGAAGGAACUGCCAUGUUCGGAACUAG